AUGGCUACUACUCCAGCCACUUUGACGUUGAACCUCACAUCUACCUCCCCCACCAGUCCUAAUCAGCCCGAGAAGUCUUUCAGAUGGGUUGAAGCUGGACAACGCGUUAGAAAACAACGUGUUCGAAAAGAUCAGGGCAGAAGUUCAAAUUCCCCUGAUUCGCAUUGUACGGAUUCUGGAUCUUCUGAUGAUGCCGCUUCGCCGACGGAGGAUUCGUUUGAGGGUGCUGUUGUGCCGUAUGCGUAUCGGAUGAAGAUUAAUCCUGCGCUCAGUUCUGUGGCUAGUGCGCAGACGAGAAAGAUGUUUAGUCACUUUUCUGAGAUAAUAGCAGGACACAUGGUUGUUCUCGACUCAAACAGCAAUGGAUACAGAGAUGUCAUCCUCCCCCUGGCAUGUCACGACGAUAACCUCGCACAAGCUGUCUCUGUUGUGUCGGCAUUUCAUCUGGGGCAGAAAGAUCCCAAGUUACAACACAUCGCCGAAACAGGGCAUCAAGCGAUCGUGCAGAAAUUACGGCGGGAUUCGCUACAGCUUAGUCCAGAACAACUCUUCAAUCCGUAUAUCCUAGCGACGAUAUUGGUUCUUCUCGUUGGGGAGACGAUUACGGGAGCGGAUAAUUAUACCUAUCUUCUCGAGAUGUUGAAUUGUCUUACUUCGUAUCCGGAUUGGAUUACUAUGUUGCCGCCUAGUCUGAAAGAAUUCUUUCUUCAGCAAGUCAAGAUGUUCCAACUCUUUGGUGUACCUCUAGCCAACGAAUCCAAAGGCCUUCAAAUCCUAAACGGGCCCGAAGCAUACCUCGACUUCCUCUCAUGUCCCGACAUAUACCCCGACUCCGAGCACUUCCCCAACAUCAUGACAAUACGCUCCGCCAUUUUUGACGCAUGCAGCAUCUACCGCCGGCGCGCCGAGUCCUCCCUCUCCGACUCAGAAUCCAUCCACCUCCUCGAACAACUCCGUCAAAAAGUGCUCAACAUCGAAGCUUCCACCAAGGGAGCACACGCGCUAGUGUGGACGUACUUUAUCGCGGCUGCUGAAAGUAUACUGCCAGAGCAUAGAGAGUUCUUUUCGGGGAGACUGGCGGACUUGUACUCUGUUACGAAUUUUGGGAGUAUUCCUGUUGCUGUUAGGGCGCUGAAGACGAUUUGGGGGAUGCAGGGGACGAGGAGGUGGACUGAGAUUGUUAGUAGCGAGACUCCGAUUUUGAUUAUGUAG